AUGGCGCCGGCGCGGGGAGCCGCCGCAACGCUAAUACGCGCUCGCGGAGCUCUGCGCGUUUCGCGACACGCACCGAGCAUUCCUCGACACGCGCUGAGCACGCUGCCCACGGCGCGCUACGAGGCGCUCGUGGCCGACGGCGCGCUGCGCCGCGACGACCACCAGUUGGCGGCCUUGCGGACCCUGGACCGGGUCUGGACGCAGCUCGAAACCUACGAGCCGCCGAACGUCCGCGAGGAGGCCGCGACGCUCGAGAAGGAGGCGACGACGGAGACGCUGGGCCAGCGCUUCGCGGCCUUCGCGCAGGGCCUCGGCAUCGCGGUCGGCGGCGGCACGGACCGGCCGAGCGGCGCGUCGGGGCCCGUCGUGAGCCGCUUCGGGUCCAACUACGACUACGACGCCGAGCGGCCGCGGGCGAAAACAAUCGAGGCGGCGCCGCUCCUCGGCCUCGACUCCAAGGCGCCCGUCGGCGCGUACGUCCACGGCGGCGUCGGCUGCGGGAAGACGUAUGUGAUGGACCUCUUCUUCGACGUCGCGCCGACGCAAAACAAGCAGCGCGUCCACUUCCACGCCAUGAUGCUCGACGUCCACGGCAAGCUCGACGCGCUGCGGCGCCGCGACGGCCCGCCGCACCCGAACCCGAUGCGGGCCGUCGCGCUCGACGUCCUCCAAAGCGGGUCGCUCCUCUGCUUCGACGAGUUCCAGGUCACGGACAUCGCCGACGCGCUCGUGGUCAAGUCGCUCUUCGAGCACCUCUUCGACAGCGGCGCCGUCGUCGUCGCGACGAGCAACCGCGCGCCGAGGGACCUCUACGAGAACGGCGUGCAGCGCCAGGUCUUCGAGCCGCUCAUCCCUGUGCUCAUCCCGCUGCUCGAGGCGCGGUGCGAGACCGUGUCCCUGGACGCGUCGCCGACGGACUAUCGCUUCGUCAUCGGCGCGUCCGGGAGCGCGGACGUCUACUUUCUCGACGACGACGUCGGCGGCUUCGAAGACUCGAUCGCGCGCUUCACCAAGCGCGGGGACCGCGUCGUCGCCAUCGACCUGCGGAUCCCGGGCUCGACGCGCACGGUGCCCGUCAAGCAGGCCAUGUUGGGGUCGCGCGCGUGCCGCUUCGCGUUCGACGAGCUGUGCGGCGGACGGCUCGGCUACGCGGACUACUACGCGUUGGCGCAGACGUUCGACGUCGUCUUCGUCGAGCACGUGCCGCGGCUCGAGGCGGGCAUGAUGGACGAGGCGCGGCGGUUCAUCACGCUCGUCGACGCCCUCUACGAGUACGGCGUCAAGGUCGUCGUGCGGGCCGCGGCGCCCGUCGGCGAAUUGUACAUGACGGGCGACCGGCGCGACGAGUCCUUCGCCUUCGACCGCUGCGUGUCGCGCCUCGUCGAGAUGGGCUCGCUGGACUACCUCAAGCGCGCGCCGAGCCGGACCGCGCGCGUCGCGUGCGAGCCCGGCGACCUCACGGAGCCGGAGAUCGACGACCUCUUCCGGCGCCUCGACGUCGACCGCUCCGGGUCGCUGUCCACCGACGAGCUGCGCGCGUUCCUGUCGGAGAUCUCCAAGGAGAAGCGCGGCCACCGCAACGUCGGCGACGAGGAGCUCGCCUACGCGCUCGGCCGCCUCGACGCGAACGGCGGCGACGUGUGCAAGGGCGACCUCGCGGCCUUCCUCCGCGAGCUCCCGACGAGCCACGGCUGGGGCAACCUCCUCAAGGCCGCGCCGUCCUAA